AUGAAGAAAUUAUUGAUCUUGGGAUUCCUUGCCACCGCUACUAUCGCAGUGCCAACAUCAGAAAUACUUCUCAACCGAGAUCUCGACUGUUUGGAACGCGAGAAUGAAUUGUUCAGUUGCAUUUUCGUUAAAGCUGCCACAACGUUGGACAGAGCAGCAAGGUCCAGUGAUAUUCAGCUUAUCGAUGGUGUAGUUUUUGUACGAGAUAAACCCAUGGAACGCAGCGCGAAAAGUUUGAAGACCGAAUUAGACGUGAUGAAUGAAUUACCAAAGGAUACAUCAGACAGGGCACUCAAACUCGUUAGCAUGAUCUACGAUUCUGCCGUGGCCUUCAUGAAAAGUCACAGCUUGAAGCUCAGUAUCCCGGAAGAAUUCAAUUCUCGUGCACUUAACGAAGCUCGUGGUAAGAUAAAGAAAGUAAUCUUACCUUUGAUCGCAGCAGUCGGAUUGAAAAUAUUUGCCCUGGUUCCGAUUCUUUUCGGUGGUUUGGGUCUGUUAGCAUUGAAGGCACUCGUCAUUGGCAAAAUAGCCCUAAUCUUGGCGGGCAUAUUAUUUUUCCAAAAAAUGUUUGGCAGCGGUAGCGGCAGCACGGUCAGCAAUAUUUUCGGUAAAACACCGUCACUCGGUAACAAUUGGUACGAACCAGCUACUCAAGGAUGGCCUUCAGCUGCUGCAGGUGUUCAACAGCAAGGAUAUUACAGAAGAAGUUUCGAUGAUACGCCAGGAAAAAUCGAUGCUCAUUCUCUCGCCUAUUCGGCCCACGAACCAAUAACAAAUGCAGCCCAAUAA